GACUCUUUAUCCCUUUGUCUUCAGAUGAAAGGAUGCUGCAGGGAACCGACGAAGGACUGAGCCCUACCUGAACACCCCUCCUCCCCCCGACCCUCAGAGCCCUCAGCGCCGCCAUCCCAUCAUGAACCUGCUGUGCCGCGGACGCCUGAAGCUGCUGGUGGCGUCUCUCACGGCCAUCGUCCUGCUCACCUGGCUCUACCUGCUGGCUGGAAACUUGGAGAAUGGUCGCUCCCUCCUGCUGGCUCCCUGUCUGGCCGACACACCGGCAGCCCGAGUCCUGGAGCGAGCCGUCCUCGAGUCGCGGGUUCGAGAGGUGGAGGAAGAGAACCGCCAGAUCCGGUUGCAGCUCAGCCAAUCGCAAGGCACCGCCGCCCAGCCGCCGGACGGCAACUAUGGCAACCAGCAGUGGGGAGCCUCCGCGGACACGGGGCCCGAGGACGGGGACAACACGGCAGAGGAGAAGAACAACCACACGGAGUGUCCCCGAUCGCCCACCGUCCAGAAGUGUGAGCUGAUCCACGUAGCGUGCGUUUGUGCCGGUCACAACGCCAGCAGAGACGUGGUCACGCUGGUGAAGUCUGUCCUCUUUCACAGGAGAAAUCCUCUUCACUUUCAUUUCAUCACCGACACAGUGGCCAAUCGCAUCCUGAGUUCUUUGUUUCAGUCCUGGAUGGUCCCGUCUGUGCAAGUCAGCUUCUACGACGCAGACGAACUCAAGGUAAGAGGACGACAUGAAACGCUCACACACCUCGUCUAA